AUGGGACGAAAUGAUGUUAAGAUCCAUAUAAUAAGACUGACAACGAUACUGGUAAUGAUAUUGAUAUGGAUUCUCUUUUCUAGUAUGGAGUCCACAGAGAUAAAAACAAUAAGAGAGAUAAGUAAUGAUCCGAUUGUGAUACCCAAAAUAGAGGAUCAGAGUGGCAAUAAGCAUAUGAAAGAGGUUGGUAGAAGUGCAUGGUUUCAUUUCCAUACGUUGCUAUCGCAGUAUCCUGUGGAACGAGCUACUGAAAAGCAUAGAUCCAAAUUGAAUGAAUUAAUUUUGUUAACAGGAAGUUAUUAUCCAUGCAUAGAUAGAGAAAAUAACUAUUUCAAUUAUAUAGUUGUUGAUUUACUUCCGUUACCGCAUAAUAUAAACGAUAAGAACAUACUGAUUGAUUGGGGAUGUCGUGUGCAUAAUUUGAUGAAUAUUGAAUUGAAAAAAGACGAAUUUGAUUGUCUUUCACUCUUUGAUACAGAAGCUGAUAGAGAUGAAAUCAUGUCCCUGAAUAAAGUAACGAUAGAGAAGGAAGAGAAACAAUUGGGCUAG